GCUCCUACAUGAGGACGGUCCGUGCAGAGGGUAACUACGGCGACCUUCGCUUGCGGGGUGAGUCAGGUGAGGCCAAAGACUAUGAGGCGAUCUCCGUCCACCUGACGGCACCGAGCAUGCACAAAGUGGAUGGGAAGCACAUGGCCGCAGAGCUGAUGGUCCUCCAUAAGCCAAAGGGCGCUCCCAACAUGCUGAAGGACGGCGUGAUUCUAAGCAUGAUGUUCGACGACACGAACGGCACCGAGAGCAACAUCUUUAGCCAGUUCGGCUUCUCCAGCGAAGGCAUUGCAAGCCCUGCAAAAUCCUGGACGGCAUCGCAUUACAUCAAUCUGGCAGAGGCUUUGUCAAGCUCUCUGGAGGGGCCUUCAUACAAGUAUGAUGGAAGCGUUCCGGUGCCACCAUGCACGGAGACCGUCAAGUAUUUUGUUCUUGGCAAGGCGCAGCCGAUCCUCACCUCACAAGCCAAAUCACUGGAAGCCGUCCUCAGCUGCUGGGCAGGUGGGAUCAACAAGCGAGGCCCGAUCCCUUCACCCUUUCUGGGUCAAUGCCGGGCCGUGCAGAUGAACACGCUGAAUGUGGGAUCCCCGCAUUGGGAAGCAACCUGUCAGGCCGCUGUUGCCAACGGCACCUCCUUCCGAUCUGGCAUGUGCUGGGAUUACGGCAUGAGCCAAGAGAAAAUGAACAGCUGUGUCAAGUCCCCCGUGGACAUGUCCGCCUCGAAGGCAUCCACCACCGGUGCAGAGCUGCCGCAGUGGAACUUCAAGACUAUCAAACAUGUCAGGGUCAUGCCAAGCAACUACAGCGUUGAUGCAAUCCCACUGGAGGCCGGUGUCGCCGGGCCCCUGCCGAACUUCGGCACGAUCCUGGUGCUGGGAUACAAGUACAUGGUGCGGAAGAUCCGAAUCAAGCCGGUGUCGUCCCACACAUACAAUGGGCUCUACCACGCAGGGGAGCUCAUUAUCGAGUGUUUAGUCUUCGGCGAUGAGGUGGCCACCACGGUGAGGGAGACUGCUGACUUCCUAGGUGAGCAGCACCAUGCACGACGGCUUCAGGAGACGGAGGACGAGCUUCACCGGCUGUAUAUUAGCGUGCCCAUCAAGCUGGGAGUGGAGAGUCCGCUGCUGCGGGAGCUGGGCUUGCCAUUCCAAGCCUAUAAGGAUAGCAUCAAGGAUAUGCAUCACUACCACAUUGAGACAGCUGUGAACCUCGAGGCCGGCAUCUACGGUGCAUUGAAUGGCAACUACCUCUUCUACAGUGGCGGGAUGGUCCAACCGGGUUGUCCCAAGUGGGGCGUUAGGUGGAUCAUGUUCGAGACUCCGAUCACAGCCAGUCUGGCACAGCUGCCGGGCUAUUUGUUCAGUCAAAAGCAAUUCUGUUCGGUGGUACUCCGUGUCGCCCCUGGGCAUUUCACACUCCUACUGUGGGGAUGCGCCGUGCGGGCCGAAUUACAUGACACCGUGUAG